CUUCAAUUUGGAGACACGAAAAUUAAAUUGGAUAAACAAAUAAUUUUGAAAUUUUUUCUUGAGUAAAUGCAAAAAAUGAGAUGAAUUCACAUCUUUAAAUGUGUUACUUUGAUGAUAAUAUGGCGGGAUAACAAACGAAGCACGUAUAAAAGGAAAUUAAAUCUUCGCACGACUAAAGAUAAUAUUGCCAAUUUGCCAGAUAUGACUAGAGAAAUGAGAGUCAAAAAUAGAGAUGUCUUCUAUAGAAAAACAACAUUAUGUUUAUACCAACCCAUUUAGAAGAAUAACCUUAUUCUUACUCUUGACAGCUUUGCAAUAUGCGACAUCACAAUCAAAUGUGUGUGACUCAUCACCAUGUCAAAAUGGCGGAAAAUGUGAAGCGACUCCCAGUGGCUUUAAUUGUCAAUGUCUUACUGUGUGGACUGGGGACAGAUGUGAACAGGAAGUGAAUGAAUGUGCCUCGUCACCAUGUCAAAAUGGUGGAUCGUGCCGGGAUAAAUUUGGAUUCUACGAAUGUGAAUGUCUUGCUGGAUAUGAUGGUGAUCAUUGUGAAAUUAACAUAAAUGAAUGCUCCAGUUCACCUUGUCAAAAUGGCGGAGAUUGUCAGGACAUCAUAAAUGGAUUUCAGUGCAACUGCCCACCAGGCUAUCAAGGCGAGGCUUGUGAAAUAGACAUUGAUGAGUGUUCAUCGAAUCCAUGCUACUUUGAGGGCACUUGUGUGGAUGAAGUCAAUGCUUAUAGAUGUCUCUGUACACCUGGUUAUACUGGGUCAAGGUGUGAAGAUCAAAUAAAUGAGUGUUUGUCUAACCCGUGUAAGAACAGUGCAGAAUGUGUAGACCAAUUGGGAGGCUACACAUGUGUCUGUCCAACAGGUGUCUCAGGGAUAAACUGUGAAGAAGAGAUUGACGAUUGCUCAGAGCCUCAGUUUCAUAUUUGUCAGAAUGGGGCUGAAUGUAUAGAUGGCACUAAUAGUUACACAUGUAAAUGUAGACCCGGUUGGACAGGAUUCUUUUGCGAACAGGAUAUCGAUGAAUGUGCAUCUAAUCCAUGUCAAAAUGGUGCCAAUUGUAUUAAUGAGCGCAAUGGAUUCCUCUGUGAGUGUCCAACUGGACUAGGUGGCGCCACAUGUUCUGAAGACAUUGACGAGUGUGUGACGAGUGCCCCUUGUCAGAACUUUAUAUUUUGCAAUAAUACGUUUGGCAGCUAUGAGUGCUUAUGUUUACCAGGUUAUGAAGGUGAGCACUGUGAAUUUGAGCUGAACGAUUGUGACAGUCGACCAUGUUAUUUUGGUGGAACUUGCAUCGAUAAAGUCAAUGGGUUCCAGUGUGACUGUGCUGAGGGUUUCAUUGGGAGUCAAUGUGAGGCAGUCAUUAGACAGUGUCCCCUGACAAACCCUUGCGGGGAGAAUGCUCUCUGCAUGGAGAAACCUACAGGGGGCUACAGAUGUUUCUGUCAACCUGGUUACCAAGGAGAUGUGUGUGACAUAGAGAUAAAUGAAUGUGCUUCAAGCCCCUGCUUUCAUGGCGGAUCAUGCACUGAUCUGAUCAAUGGCUACAAGUGUGAUUGCAUAUCAGGAUGGACAGGCCCCAAUUGCCAAAUAGACAUCCCAGAGUGUGAGAGCUCACCCUGUAGCAAUGGCGGAAAGUGUGUUGAGCCAGAGGUCAACUUGUAUGCCUGCCAAUGUGUCACUGGUUACACAGGGUUCCUUUGUGAGACUGAACUAAAUGAGUGUUUAUCCAACCCCUGUGAGGACUAUGAAGAGUGUGUUAAUUUACCUGGAGGAUAUAGAUGUGAGUGCCCUGAGGGGAUGACAGGGGUGCGUUGCAUGGAACACAUCAAUAAAUGUUUCUCAGACCCCUGUCAGAAUGGAGGCAGCUGUAUCUCACGAACAAUUGGAUAUGCAUGCAGGUGUCCCUAUCCAUACAGUGGAGUACAUUGUCAAAUUGAUCUGGAUGUUUGUUUUCCCAACCCUUGUCUCCAUGACGGCAACUGUUACUAUGACAACAGAGAGGAAUCUGGGUACAGAUGUGAAUGCUCCAGUGGAUUUAUAGGUUCUAACUGUGAGGGAGAUGUCCACGAGUGUUUGUCAUCACCGUGCCAAAAUGGCGGAGCUUGUAUAGAGAACACAAAUGGACAGCCAGGGUUCUCAUGUCGGUGUCCAAUCAGGUUCUCUGGCGAUUACUGCCAGUAUGAUGUCACAAAGUGUGACUCCGCCCCCUGCUUACAUGGUGGGACCUGCACAGAGACUGAAAAUGGUUACACUUGCCAAUGCCUUGCAGGAUAUACAGGAGACACAUGCGACGCUGACGUCAAUGAGUGUCAACAAACUCAAAGUGUUUGUCAAAAUGGCGGCCAGUGCCUAAAUCGAGACGGGAGCUAUGAAUGUGUGUGUAGCAUUUACUGGACGGGAGAGAACUGCACGACUGAUGUAUUGGAGUGCGACAUUGAGCCUUGUUUAAAUGGGGGUUCCUGUAUUGAGAGGCAGGGUCACACUUACCUAUGCAGCUGUGCACAAGGUUAUACUGGGAGAGAAUGUGAGGUAGAGAUUGAUGAGUGUCUGUCCCAGCCUUGCCAUAAUGGAGCUACCUGUAGUGAUGAUAUUGCUCGUUACAGGUGUACCUGUGUACCUGGAUAUACAGAUUAUGACUGCCAGACCAACAUCGAUGAAUGCAGCUUGUACACUGCAUGUGAAAAUGGUGCAACGUGUACUGACCUCAUAGAUGGCUAUAACUGCACAUGUGUCGCUGGGUUCACUGGCGAGAACUGCUCAGUUAAUGUAGAUGACUGUACUCCCCAGCCAUGUCAGAAUAACGCAACAUGUAUAGAUGAGGUUGAAGGCUUCAACUGUGUGUGUCAGCCAGGGUUUAAAGGUGAUGACUGUUCAAUAGAUAUUGAUGAGUGUGCAUCAUCUCCAUGUCAGAAUGAGGCUGUGUGUCAUGACCUCAUUGCUAUGUUUCAGUGUGAUUGCGCACUAGGGUGGACUGGUCCAUUGUGCAGUGUGGACAUAGAUGACUGUCUACCAGGACCCUGUAAUAAUGGAGCCACAUGUGUGGAUCUGUUGAACAGCUUUCAGUGUGUAUGUGCACCUGGCUUCACAGGUGUUAACUGCAGUACAAACAUAAAUGAAUGCUCCUCAAAUCCUUGUCAAAACAAGGGGACUUGUACAGAGCCAGCCCCCGAUUCCUAUCUAUGCAUUUGCCCCGAUUACGUCACUGGCAAUUUGUGUGAGACUGUAUUGACUGCAAAUUUUGAUGGAACAAAUAUCAUACAAGCUGAAAGUGUGGAAUCGCAAGGUGGAAGACGGAAGCGACAAGCUGAGGAGAUACUAGAGAUCAGCUUUGAACUGACGACUACUGUUGAGCAAGGGGUCAUUCUGUUAAGUCAUGAGGGUGAUAUGGCUGGACCUAUGGAUUACUUGGUUGUCUCAUUGGUGAAUGAAUCUCUUACUGUAUCAACUUCAGUUGUACAGGAGUUCUACACCUUUGCUAUAGACUACACAUACCCAAAUAUGGAAGUAGAGAUUCAGAUAUCCAAAACAUCCUCUACAAUAACAACCAGGAAUAAAAGUCCUACUUGUAUGGUAAACUGUGUGGCCACUAUAACUAUACCAGAACUUGCAAACCUACAGCUAAAUGGUCCUCUGUAUAUAGGAGGUGUGCCAAUUGUGACAGCUUAUAUGAGAAGUAAACUCACUGUUUUUGAUGGAAUUGCUGGGUGCAUAAAGAAUGUAAAAAUUAGUGGGAGUAUGAUAAAUCUUCUUCCCAUCGAUUCCUUAAAUACUAACCCCUCCCUACUACCAACUCCUGGGUGUCAAUCACAUGCUGGAUGCUCCGCCCUCUUAUGCCAGAAUGGAGGAACAUGUGAAGACAACUGGAAUACUAUUGGCUGUAAUUGUCCAACUGGAUUUGCUGGUGUGGGCUGUGGAAUACAAACUAUGGCUCAUUUUGCGGAGGAUUCCUUCAUGUAUUUUGACCGUACAGAAAAUGUUGAUCGCUUGACUGUGUGGAUCAAUCCUAAACAACCGACUGGCGUAUUGUGUUACACGUUAACUGGUCACCCAUUGGCUGUCAUGCUUGAAGAUGGACGUGUGAAGGUACAUAUCAUCACAAUAACAUCUGACCUCGUAUCAACAUUGGGAGAAAAUGUCACUGGUGCAUGGUGGAAGGUGAAUUUACAGAUCGCUGGAAACACAAUCCAUAUUGAGGUGUCAAAUAUUGAUGGGUCCCAAGUAUACACUGACAGUCUAUCCUGGAGUCAAUCUCUGGAAGUUCGUACUCCAAUAUUUUUCGGUAAACUUCAUUCGGAGUCCAUCUUGGAGGUUUGGAGAGAUAGACCAACACAGCUGCCAUCUUUUAAUAGUUUCAAUGGCUGUAUACAGAACCUUACCAUAAAUGAGGUGUUGGUUGGACUCCAGACAUCCUUGUCAUCAACUGUGGGAGCUGAUCCCAGUAUGGCUAUCCCUGGCUGUCCUUACGAGGACUCUUGUUCACAGGAGGAUUGCUCCCAGGGGACAUGUGUUCUUGGCUGGGACAAAUAUUCUUGUGAUUGUGGGUCUAAUUAUAUUGGGCCUCUGUGCUCUGAAGCAUUGCCAAGCACAUACAAUGGUAUCUCCAGUUAUACUGCUGCCACCAUAGACACCCAGAAAGUGACUUUUGGCAAUAGUGGCCAUAUUGAAUUGAGAACGAGGCAAGGUCAAGGUCACAUUCUCUACCAAGAGUUCAACUCGGGGCCUGGGAGUGAGGUAGAUUACAUGGAGUUAAGGUUACAAGGGGGACAAAUCCAGCUUGAGACUAGCUUCAAUGGAGUUAAAAGAAGUCGAGUAGUCUCAUCCUCCAUCAAUGACGCACAAUGGCAUACUCUUUCUUGGACAACAGAUGGCACUAAUAUCUUGACACGUGUUGACUUUAGCGCAAGUACUGUACCAGUCAACUAUGCAUUCUUCAAAGCAGGAAGGGACUAUACUGUUGCUGUGUAUGUGGCUGGGAGACCAUUGGCUCCAGGCUCAUCAAGCCCUGUGAUUGGUCACUUCAAGGGCUGUUUACGUAAUCUAAGAUUCAAUGAUUACGCAGUACAUAUUCAUGAGAAUAACCAUUUGGGAGUGAAACUAACCAAUCAGAACGUUAAACAUGGUUGCCAUGGUGAUGAUGUGUGUUUUGAAAACACAUGCCCUGUAAAUGCUAACUGCAUCGAUGUUUGGAACCUGCAUGAGUGUAGCUGUAAGAUGGGCUGGACUGGUGAAAGUUGUAACAUUAGUAUUGAUGAUUGCGUCACGAACAAUUGUAAAAAUGGCGCAACUUGUAUUGACCAGCAUAUGAAUUAUACAUGCGCUUGUGUUUAUGGAUUUGAUGGAUUUUAUUGUGAGAAUGUUAUAGACGCUUGUGAAACUCAACCUUGUAAUAAUGCUACAAGUCAGACCUGUACUGCAUUAUUCCCUGUUGACUAUGCAUGUACUUGUCACGAUGGCUGGACGGGGAAAAAUUGCACUGAAAAUUUUAAUGAAUGCGAGAGUAGUCCAUGUAAAAAUGGUGGAACUUGUACAGAUUUGAUUAAUGACUUUAACUGUACUUGUGAUUCGGAUCAUUUUGGACCAAUUUGCCAGUUCACAUAUAUUUGCGCAUCGUUACCAUGCUACAAUGGAGGCAGUUGCUAUGGCAAAGAAGACAAUACAAACUAUACAUGUCAAUGUACAGAUUUUUAUCUAGGCAGGCAAUGCCAGACUUUUAAUUCAUGUUUCUUAAAUGAAUGCGCCAAUAAUUCAACAUGUCUUUUAAAUGGCACAGAUUACACCUGCAGUUGUUUACCUGGUUACUAUGGUAACAGAUGUCAAUUUGUGGAUUUCUGUUAUUAUGAGCCAUGCUUAAACAGUGCACUCUGUAGCAAUGAGCCUGAUACUUAUAAUUGUGCCUGUGGGGUACAUUAUACAGGAAAAUCCUGUGAAACUCCCAUCGAUAAAUGUGAGAUAAACAAUUGUGAAAAUGGUGGUAGCUGUUGGUUCAAUAUCACAAAUCCAGAAACGACUUAUACAUGCGAGUGUAUUGUAGGCUACCAGGGGUUGCUAUGUGAACAUGACAUCAAUGAAUGUGACUCAUCUCCAUGCCAAAAUGGUGCAACUUGUAUCGAAAGUAACUCAUCACCAAAGGAACAGUUUGUAGCUGGUUACCAGUGCCAGUGUGCUCCUGGUUACUAUGGUGACCAAUGUGAAAGUGAGAUUAAUGAAUGUGACAGUUCACCAUGUCUUAAUCAAGGCAGUUGUCAAAACUUAGUUAACUCGUAUAAAUGUGAAUGUGUGAAGGGGUACGAAGGGACACACUGUGAGCAGGAUAAAAGAGGAUGUACUUCAAACCCAUGUCAAAAUAAUGCUCCUUGCGCAGAAAAUCUUGACAAAACAUACUCAUGCGAUUGUCUCCUUGGUUACACAGGAGCUCUUUGCGAGACAAAUAUUGACGAUUGUUUGGGAAAUAAUUGUGUUAAUGGUGCCACAUGUUAUGAUUUAAUACAAAACUAUACAUGUUCCUGUCUACCUGGAUAUACAAACACAUACUGUCAGGAUAUUAAUGAUACUUGCUACAGCCAGCCAUGUUACAACAAUGGUGUAUGUUCUUAUGUAGGAAUUUGUACAUGUAGUGAUAUUGUCUCACAAUGCGGUUGGCAUAACGAACAGUGUCAACGAGAAAAGUGUGUAGCUAGAUCUGAAUGUACGCUGCGCGAAAGAUCAUAUACUUGUGACUGUACCGAUACUGGUUACUAUGACAACCGAUGUGAUGUUGACGUCAAUGAGUGUGACAUCAUAGGGACGUGCAUCAAUAAUGGCACCUGUGAAAAUACACCAGGAGGAUUUCUAUGUGACUGCACAGCGACUGGGUUUACUGGAACGCACUGUCACAUAGAUCUUGAUGAGUGUUCACUCCUGACUGAGCCUUGUUAUAAUGAAGGUACGUGUGUUAACAACCUAGGAAGCUACGGAUGUAUAUGUGCCCUGGGAUGGGAGGGCAGAGAUUGUGGCCAGAACAUUGAUGAUUGUAUCAACUCACCAUGUCUUCACAAUUCAACAUGUAGGGAUGGUGUGAAUCAGUUUCUAUGUGACUGCACAAACAGUGGUUACUAUGGCGACAGGUGUGAAACAAAUGUUGAUGAGUGUAACAAUACAGAGACAGAGACACCUAUAUGUGAAAAUGGGGCUACUUGUGUCGAUACAGUUGGGAGUUAUAUAUGUGAAUGCACAUCUGCCUAUACAGGUUUUAACUGCGAAACUCUUAUAGACCCCACCUUCGAAGAGGUUUCCCAGCAACAAAACACAGCCGCCAUUGUUGUUCCCAUUGUCAUCAUCCUCGUCUUGCUCCUGAUUGGUGGAAUAUAUGCAGCAUAUUAUAUCAAAACGAGGCGGAGAUAUACUGGAAAAUAUGGACCAUCCAUUGCAGAGGCCAAUACUGUAUACUCUAUCCCAUUGGAUAAGAUUUUGGCGAGUGAUACCGAUGAAAAACUCAUUUGAGCAUUAGUUUGAUUAUAUUAUACUGUGUGGUUCCCCGUGUGGUCCCUUUAUUCAUUCACUUCCUGCCUAACUUAAUUUUAAAAAGAACCUGGUCUCUGAUAAGUGUUAAAGGAGCAUUCCAAAAGUUUAGUGUUGGAUUGCUUACUAAACUAACUUUCUUAGUCCAGGAUCCCAUUCCCAAUUUUAGCUAGAAAUAUGUAGCAUUUGCCCCGGGGGAAUUGGAAAUUGCUAUCUCUGUUUAUUUCAUGUAUUGACACCAAAAUUUGAAGCUAUUCCAAAGAGGUAUUGUUUUUUUAUGGAGAAUGGGAAGUGAAUUAUGAGAUUUGGAGUUAAGCUUACCCAAAUUUAAUUUGCUAGACUUUUGUAUGCGUGGCAAUUGAAAAUAAGCUUGUGAAUCUCAUACAGAUUACAGAAUGUAUAUAUUUUUUCAUACAAGGAUUUUAUAUUCAUGUAUAUUUACAUAUCAUGUACCUAUGUGUUAACUCAUGUACACAUGGGUCCUUAUUAAGACUACAUUAUUCUAAAAGCUCACAUCGCAUGAGUAUAAUGUGAUAUUACGGGAUCAAUUUUCUCAAUAACAUAGUUUUCUAAAAUAAAUAUGAGAUUAGAUUUAUCAUGAUCCAUAGUGGAAAUGCAAACUUCCUAUUGUAUAAAUCAGUUAUAUAAUUUUGGGCUAUUUUUAGGCCUCUAGAUUAGAAGGUGUUAAAGCUAUCUCUUUGUGGUAUUUACACUGUAUGAAAUGUAUUUUUAAUUGAGAUUUGUAAAAGGUCAACAUUCUAUAUCUAGUGCCAAUAUAUAAUUGUUAAAAUACCCCAAGACAGUAAGGCUAGAAUUUACAAAAUAACACAUCCUUUCCUCAUUUAUAAUGAGCAUGGGCAGUAAAUUGAAGGAUUUUCAGAGUAAUAACCCAUGGGCACUAAAAGAAGUGGGUCUCAUAAGAAUCUCUGGUAUAUCCAUUCUGAAUUGAGAGCCAGUUUAAUUUUGUACUUCUUGAACAUGUAUAUACAAAGUAUAUUUUAUACAGAUUAAUGAAUUGAUGUGAUAAUUUAAAAUAUAAUACAAAGAGUUUUUUAAAGAAAUAAUCAUUCCCUUUAUAUUUAUAAGGCAGGGUCGUAGUCUGACUACCCAUUAUAUUGAAAGUUUAAACCGUCCAUUAAAAUACAUGUAGAUUUUCAUAUAUAUAUUUACAUCGCUACAGGAUCUAUAUGUGUUAUUUACAUGUACACACAUUGAAUCUCGAAACAAAAUAAGUAGUUAUAUAUUUAAUUGGAGAGUAAUGUGCUAUGGGAUACGAUUUUCUGACCGCAACCGAAAAUGCCUCUAACCCUAACCUUUUGAUUGGUUCCCUGAGGCUUCGGCCAUCUUUGUGAUAUAAAAAGCUUCGGUUGCGGUUUAUCGAUGCUCUCCCUAUGUGUUAUAUUUGAAUUUGAAAUUAGAUGACUCGAACAUGACUGUAUUCACGCCUUCUAUAUAAACUGUGAACAAAGUCAAUAGUUCACCUGGUAUCUAUUCGUUAAUACGGUACCUGGU